UGCAGCUUGUGAGUCAAUAAUCACAGUAGAUAACAUAACAUGUACCAGCAAACAGUCUCCAAAUUCAAAUUUCAGAUAAAAACAAAAAGCGCCAUUCCCAUAUAUUAGUAAUACAUUCUAAAUGCAAAAUUGUUCAAAGUCAGGCUUCACCUGUCACCUAUCACACCUCACUCAAAUCCCAAAACCAGAAAGUCCAUACUUUGUAGAGAGAGACAGAGAGAACCCCAUAGAUAUAUUACAAGAGAUACAAUAAGCAAAUAUACAGAGAUGGGGAGAGAAAGAGGAAGCAUCCAGUAUCUGCUUAUCCGGUUUUGAAGGAAACAGAGAGUUUACAGAGGAAAAAUCAAAUACUGAUCUUUAAUGCAGAAAUGCAAAGCCUUCAGUAGUCAAAACUGAGAGAGAGAGAGAGAGUCAGAAGCCAAGGAGUAGCUGAGAAAAAUCUGUAGAGAGAGGAACAGAGGAUGGAUGUCGUCCGUGUGCAAAAGAAGCAGAGGUAAACCUGAGUAGCAGCAUUAGCACCAGCACCGGCGCCUUAACAUUGCGAUGUCGUUUUCAUCAGAGAAGCCAACCACAGACCUUAACCCGCCGUUGAAGAAGAAGAGGUCACCAAGCUGGUCAGACCUGUGGCUCAAGAAUACUAAACCUUUAAAACACGUAGUCUUUGCUAUGCAACUCCAGUCUCUCUCCGGUCCUCCUACCCCCACGAAAGAUUCCAAAACCAAAGCCGAAAACCUAAUCCGCAAUUUCGCCAAAAUCGACCGUACACUUCUCUUAAGUGACGAGCUUCUCCUUAAAAUCCUCUCCAAACUACCCGAUUCGCAGAGAAACCCUAACUUCCUUGUUUGCAAGCGGUGGCUUAAUCUCCAAGGCCGCCUCGUGCGGUCCUUGAAGGUGUUGGAUUGGGAGUUCAUUGAAUCCGGUCGAUUAAUUGCGAGAUUCCCAAAUCUUACGCAUGUGGAUUUGAUAAAUGGUUGUAUUAUUACCCCUCAUAAUUCUAGUAUUUGGUUAAACCACUGUAUCCUUUACAUGCAUAUCAAUUCUGAGAUUUCUGGUUUUUUUCCAAGUUGGCGAAUUUGUGAGGAGAAUUUAUUGCCUGUAGAGAUAGUUGACAGAGGGCUAAAAGCAUUGGCCAGUGCUUGCCCAAAUCUGCGUAAGCUUGUAGUGGUUGGUGCUAGUGAGUUAGGUUUGUUGAGCGUAGCUGAGGAGUGUUUAACUUUGCAAGAUUUGGAGUUACACAAGUGCAAUGACAAUGUCUUGCGUGGGAUUGCAGCAUGUGAGAAUUUGCAGAUCUUGAAACUUGUAGGAAACGUGAAUGGCCUUUAUACCUCUUUGGUUUCAGAUAUUGGGUUGACCAUUUUGGCUCAAGGGUGCAAGAGAUUAGUGAAGCUUGAGCUUAGUGGAUGUGAGGGUAGUUUUGAUGGGGUUAAGGCAAUUGGACAGUGUUGCCAAAUGCUUGAAGAAUUGACCCUCUGUGAUCAUAGGAUGGAUGAUGGGUGGUUGGGUGCACUUUCUUAUUGUGAAAAUUUGAAAACUUUGAGGUUUCUUUCAUGUAAGAAGAUUGAUAUUAGUCCAGGGCCAGAUGAAUAUUUGGGUUCGUGCCCCGCCCUUGAGAGGUUGCUGUUACAGAAGUGUCAAUUGAGGGAUAAAAAGAGCAUUAGAGCCAUGUUUAAGGUUUGUCAAGCUGUUAGGGAAAUCGUAGUUCAGGAUUGCUGGGGUUUGGACAAUAACAUAUUCAGCUCUGCAAGUGUUUGCAGGAGGGUAAAGUUACUAUCUUUAGAAGGAUGCUCCUUGCUAACAACACAAGGCCUGGAAACUGUACUUCUUAGCUUUAAGGAGCUUCAACAUCUUAGAGUACAGUCCUGCAAACACAUAAAGGAUUGUGAAGUCUCUCCUGCUCUUUCAACCUUGUUCUCUGUUAUGAAAGAGUUGAAAUGGAGGCCAGAUACCAAAUCUCUUCUAGCAUCCAGUCUUGCAGGGACUGGUGUGGGAAAGAAAGGUGGUAAAUUUUUCAAGAAGUCACAAACCCUGAAGUUGCUAUCUGAUAAUUAGCAUCUGCAAUGUGGCCAUACGCGGAUGAUCCGCAUGAACAAUGUAAAUCCUGUACUUUGACAUAGGGAUCAUCCUGUUGUCAAAAUUAGCUGGCCAGAAUGAUCUUACAACGAUCAUUCUUCUUUUAAUCUUCAUUUGAGAGAAGUAAGCUGACAGAUAAAGGAUGGCGGAAGUUUCAGAACCUGUGCUGCCCUUUCAGUGCACAUUAUGUGCCCUGUCCAACAUAAUGACAAAUUGUUCAGGUAAAAACAUGUUUUUGACAUGUUAUAUCUGCCACUGGUAUUCUGAUAUUGUAGUUUGUAACUAAACCCAGAUAACUAAUUAGGUUAUUCCUGGUCUCAAAGUAUAAUAGCAUUAGAUCUAUGGAACAUCUUGUUGAUUCAUAGCACACUUUCAAGUUUCAGCAAGCACAAUGAAUGUACUAUUGAAUACUUUAUAGACUAUGCAUAAUCUUUCAUUUCUGAAA